AUGGAGGUGGCUGCUGCGGUCGGUGUGAUCGCUUCAGUUCCGAUCCUUUAUAAGGCUAUAAGACCUCGGAUAAAGACAUCGGUGGAGUGCUGGUUUUGCCGCAAAAGCACGAAGGUCGAAUACCAGCAAAGGAAUAGCUUCACCUGCCCGUCAUGCGAACAAUACAACGGAUUCACCGAAGACGGAGACUAUAACCGUCGGAUUCCUGGACAAGCGUGGACUACACCCAAGAGAUAUUGUGAGCCGGGGAAAAUGCAGUCAGAGAAGCCGAGCACAUUUUUGGAUCGAUUUGGCGGGGUGAACAUGAGUCCUAAAGCUUCUAACGGUCUCUGCUCGGAAUGCAACCUCGGCCAGGAGAUCAUAAUGAACAAGGUCGCAGAAUUCGAGCCCAUUGAUGAGGAUCGAUGGAACGAAGAGCUCGAGGAUUAUCGAUACAAACUGGAAAGAAUGUACCAGCUGUGUCCGAGAUGUACAAUUCAAGUUCAUGGAAAGCUGGAGGAGGAUAAGAAGAAAUACUCAUAUCUUCUGAAAGUGAAAUAUAAGCUGAAACAUGCAAUUGGAUCUACUCUACGAGAAGUGAUGAACAAUCAGAAACGAUCGCGGAGAUUCUUCUUCGCCGGUGGAAGUACAUGUGAAGCUCUUCAUUUUGGAUGCCUCAUCUCUUCAAUUAUUCUCUUUUUGGCGAAUAUCGACUUCUUACAGCAAGAUGCAGGAGCAUCGCUGAUCAAUUUGCCAAAGGCUCUUCAAGAUAUUCUGCCAGAAGUUUAUAAAUAUUCCUUCGUCAUCAAUUUUCUGAUCUUCACUACACAUUUGAUUGCUGCAUUUAAUAAUAAAUGCCGAGUUACUCUUCCCGACCUGCUGCUGCCCAUCCUUCUGAUCCUCGCAAUGCUAACAGUUUUGACUUCAAGUGAUAAUUUAUCACAAGAUGUCGCUCUUGUCAGAGGUGCAUGUGCUUCGUUUUCAACGAUCCUUUCAAUGGCAGUGACACUUCUUCCAAGGAAAAAGCUGCAUAAGAAACGACCGAAUAAGAUUGUUUCAAGUGCCUUCUCUGUUGCGUCAACUCCGAUCUCUCAAUGCUCUUCACAAAACAGUCGAAACGCUUCACUUCUCGAUCAUGACCACACGAUUCUUCGAAGAUCUCCACAUACGCCAUCAGCAAGCCCUCCAGCAAUGAAUUCCUCUCCACCAUUGCUCCGUGAAAUAACAAAUGGUCCAGUGUGGUCUGCAAUGAGAAGUCGGGAGAACAAGGAAAAUAUGCAAAGUUAUCAGACUAAACCUAACAAUCACGUGGAAUCAAUGGAUUGGGAUGAUAGUGAAUCGAUGGCGGCUCAAUCGGUUGCUCAAUCAACUCGUUCCAGUCAUUUCAAGCCAGGACUUUUAUCCAGAAAUAUCAAUGAAAGAAUGACUGCUCAACAGCUUACACCCUCCGUGGCAAAUUUGAAUCUUGAUACGAGAUCUGUCGAUUCUCCAAGUAUAUUCUCAAGACAACACCGGCAAAUGGCUCAGCAACAGAAUCACACACCGACUAGAUCAUUGUUCGGGCCACCACGAUCUAUGGUAGCUUCACAAUACGACAGGAGCCACUACAUGGCACCGGAAGCACACACUCGACCCGGUUCAGUGUUCACAUCGGUCUCGCAACAAGACGGACACUCAACGGUCAGCGGCGCGUGGCAGUGUCGCGUCAUCGGCAUCCUCUUCGCGCUGGUUUUUAUCGUACUCAUCAUGCAGAUCGGACUGUUCUACGUUCUUUUCACCCGCAAUUGAUUCGACCUUAUUAUAUAUGUUGUUUUCUAUGUUUCAUCUCUCUCCUCAUCAUGCCCUAUUCACAUUUUUGUUGUUUGAUCCUGUGUGAUAUUAGUUUCAAGUUAUUUGGGUUCCCAGUGCUCUUUUACUAUUUGAUGUGUGUCUAGCUCGUUUUGUUGAAUUUAUUCUUUCAAAUAUGCCCCUUUUCACCCUCUCUGAUGAUCUCACUUCGUUGUUAAAUACCUUACUACUUCAAUUUCUACUACAUGAAACCCA